ACAUAUUGUGUAAUCUCGAGAAGCGUGUGAAGAGUAAUUUUUUUAUUAAGUUAGAAUACAUAAUUCCUCCCCUCCCCCCUCCUUCCCGAUACCCUAUUUCAUCUUCUUCACCAUUCUUCUUCUUCAUUCUUUUUUUUUUGCUAAAUUUAAUUCUCCUACCAUUGUUUUUACUUUUUCUCCUUUCUUGUUCUUACUUUUGAAUUUGAUUUUUAAAAAAAAUUGUUGUUAAUCUUAUUCUUUUUCGCCAUUAAUGUGCCAAAAAAAAUGAAAGUUCGUCAAAAAAAAUAGAAGUUUGCUACAUUUGAAUUGUUGGAUUUUCAACAUAUUAUUCAUAGCAAGAGUCAAUGUAUGUAAAUUCAUGUAAAUAACAACAACAAAAAAAAAAUUAAUCCAAAAAAAUGGAAAUUUACAGUGAAGGGGAUGGGGUGAUGACGAUGAGUUUGUGUGUGAAGACGUCGGGAGAGGAGUGAAGAAGACGACGAUCGGGUGGGUGGGGAUGCUUGAAGACUAGGGGGUGUGGUGAAGAAGUCACGACGGCGUGGUUUUUUUUUUUUUUUUUUAAAUUAAGAAAUUAUUAUUAAAUAAAUAAUUAAAUAAAAAAUAAAAAAUAUCAACAAUUUCAUGUAUAAUUUUAUUUUGUCACGUAUUUUUUUAAUUAGUUAAUUUUUUCACGUUGUUAUCAUGUGUGUGCAACACACCCUUUAGAACCUGAUAGGUAUAGAUGUUUAAAUAAAUUUUGACAUGUCUAUCAAUGGUGAUAAAAAGUCCGUUUUAUGCAUCCAUCUAUUUAGUGUGAUUGAAUCAUUACUUUACAUAUGUUUACCUACGGUGUACAAUAGAGUGUGGCGGGAGAUAUACGCAAAGAAGCGCAGAUUUUUACAACAAACAUGGAAGAGGUGAAGAGUAUUGUAAGGGAAGCAUUUGGCGAAUCAUCAAACAGCGAAGGCGAAGAAGAAGAAUAUCUGGAUGCUCAUUCUGCUGAGAAUCUGGAAAAUGGAAAACGCCUAUCAUCCGAAUCAGUGUUUGGAGAGAGUCAUAACUGGGAAAGUAUCACUGAAAUUGAUGGUCUUUGGUUGUGUAAAGACUUUUUAUCAACUCAUCAACAAUCAAACUUGUUAUCAUCCAUCCAAAAAGAAGGAUGGUUUGCUGCGUCUUCAAGCAAUCAGGCUAUGAGGUUCGGUGACCUACCAGGGUGGGCGGUUGAGCUCUCCAGCUCUAUUCAUGAGGUGAUUCUUUUCAGUAAUUAUGCUGCAGAGUUAGAAAACUAUGAGACGGGAAAGGAAGCGUGUAUCUUUCCACAAGAUCUGUUAUGGAGGGAACCUAUAUUUGAUCAACUUAUAGUUAACAUGUAUCAACCAGCUGAGGGGAUCUGUCCGCAUGUUGAUCUAAUGCGGUUUGAGGAUGGAAUAGCUAUCGUCUCUCUAGAGUCAACCUGCGUGAUGCAUUUUUCUCGAGUCGAGAAUGACACAUCCGGAGUCCAAGAUCCACAACACAAAGUGCCUGUGCUUUUGACACCAGGAUGUCUUAUUUUGAUGUGGGGAGAAGCACGCUAUCUUUGGAAACAUGAGAUUAAUCGAAAGCCUGGGAUCCAAAUAUGGGAAGGCCAAGAGAUUGACCAGAAGAGAAGGAUAUCAGUGACACUGAGGAAGCUGUGUCAAACUGAAUAGAAUUUAGUGUUGCAACAGUAUUGCUCAUCGUCAUUUUCUUGCCGGGGCCUGGCUUGGUGGGCAACUAAAGUAACCUGUCCUAAUGAUUGUUCCAACAAUCAUUACAGCAAACUUAGUGCUUAGGCAGGAGCUCAGGCUUAUAUUAUUACUGUUGCUUUAAAAAGUGGAAGGUUAUGGUGUGAUGAUGGGCAUGCAUUAACACAUGUUUGCCUGAUCCUAUUGCGAAGCUACUUUCUUGUCUAUGACUGCAGAUUUACUCAACACAACUGUCCCUUCCCUGAAGAAAAUUUAUUUAGCUUUUGGCUUUCUUUACCACCGUAUAAUAUUAGAGGUAAAAGCGUGUCGUCAUCCUCGUCAUUUCGAUUUAUGUGGCAUUUCCUACUUCAAGCUAUUGGAGCAAAAUCCUGGAAAUACUGUAUGUAAGGACCAUGCUUGAAACUUUGAAGGCUAGGGGUGUCUCCUAGGAAAAUUUGAGUAUAUGCUUUUAUUCUCAAGUUGGUUCCAAGUACCCCACGCAAGAACUUACCACCGGACCCGGCAAAACAUGCAUUCUUGUGCACUGAUUCUUUUUCUAUUGUUGUCGUGAUUUAUGAAUGAAUAGAAUCUCUAUUGUUAACCCCCAA